AAGAAGCGAUACAGAGCGGAACAGGUCAAAAGAAGAAGAAGAAGAAGGAACUGGUCAAAAGAAGAAGAAGGAGCAGGUCAAAAGAAGAAGAAGAAGCUGAGCCGCCGUGUGUGUGGCUGUGCCGAGUGACUGACUGACGGGAUCCACCUCCACCAUGUUCAAGAAGUUUGAUGAGAAGGAGUCUGUGUCGGGCACUCAGCAGCUCAAGUCCUCCGUGCAGAAAGGAAUCCGCAACAGGCUGGUGGAGUCAUUUCCUUCAGUUGGGGAUUAUCUUGAGAAGAUACUUCCCAAGAAAGAUGCCUUCAGAAUUGUUAAAUGCCAUGAACACAUAGAGCUGCUGGUGCGAAGUGAUGGGGAGCUGCUGUUCUUCAGACAAAGGGAAAGCACAUGGAUGCCCACACUGAAGCUCUUGCACAAAUAUCCCUUCAUGCUCCCCUGGAUGCAGGUCGACAAGGGAGCCAUUCGCUUCAUCCUCAGUGGUGCCAACAUCAUGUGCCGUGGACUAACCUCCCCUGGGGCCAAGAUGUCUGAGGUGGAGGAGAACACUGUGGUGGCUGUGAUGGCAGAGGGGAAGCAGCAUGCCCUCUGUGUGGGUGUUACUUCUCUCUCCACCCAGGACAUUGCAAAGACCAAUAAGGGAGUGGGCAUAGAGAACUGUCACUACCUUAACGAUGGAUUAUGGUACAUGAAGCCAGUAAAAUAAUUCUUGUCAAAAUUAGGCGAGUGUGAAAUGGCUGGGAACAUUUUUUUUUUAUAAUUGUAUUUCAUAAAGAUUUAAUGUCCCCAUG